AUGGACAUUGCUGCCAUCCCACAGCCAAAGAACAACCGCAAGAGACCAGGAGAGCCACACAUCAAGUCUCUUGACGAGUACAAGAAGCUGUACCAGCAGUCGAUUGAGGACCCGGUGAAGUUCUUUGGCGACCUUGCGAAGGAGAACUUGGACUGGAUUAAACCAUUCGACAAGGCCAAGCACCCGGAUGUCAACAGGGGGUUCCUCAACAAUGACGUUGCGUCGUGGUUUAUUGGUGGCCAGUUGAACGCGUCCUACAACUGUGUUGAUAGACACGCUUUGAAGACGCCAGACAAGCCUGCUCUUAUCUACGAGGCCGACGAGCCAGGCGAGGGACGUAUCGUGACAUACGCAGAGUUGUUGAAGGAGGUUUCCAAAGUUGCCGCCAUCUUGCACGAUGCCGGUGUCCGCAAGGGCGACACCGUUGCAGUGUACUUGCCAAUGAUUCCAGAAGCCGUUGUUACGCUCUUGGCCAUUGUCCGUCUCGGUGCAUUGCACAGUGUUGUCUUUGCAGGGUUCUCUUCUGCUUCUCUUAGAGAUCGUAUCAAUGAUGCAAACUCCAAGUUUGUCGUGACCGCUGAUGAGUCCAAGCGUGGUUCCAAGACCAUUGAGACAAAGAAGAUUGUUGACGAGGCGCUAAAGUCCUGUCCACAGGUUAAGAAUGUGUUGGUGUUCAAGCGUACUGGUAACCAUGUUCCAUUCGACUCCAAGAGAGAUUUGUGGUGGCAUGAGGAGACCAAGAAGUAUGGUCCAUACUUCCCACCUGUCCCAGUCAACUCUGAGGAUCCGUUGUUCCUCCUUUACACAUCUGGUUCCACUGGUUCACCAAAGGGUAUCCAGCACUGCACCGCUGGGUACUUGUUGAGUGCCUUGAUCACCAUCAAGUACAACUUUGACUUGCAUAAGGAGGACAUUUUCUUCACUGCUGGUGACAUUGGUUGGAUUACCGGACACACAUAUGUUGUUUACGGUCCAUUGCUCAACGGUGCCACUUCUGUUGUCUUUGAAGGUACCCCAGCUUACCCAUCCUACUCUCGUUACUGGGAGAUUGUUGAGAAGUACAGAGUCACUCAAUUCUACGUUGCCCCAACUGCAUUGAGAUUGUUGAAGAGAGCUGGUGAUUCCUACAUUGAAGGUCAUGACUUGAGCUCCUUGAGAACUCUUGGUUCUGUUGGUGAACCAAUUGCAGCCGAGGUUUGGGAAUGGUACUUCGAAAAGAUUGGUAAGAAGGAGAUCCCAAUCUUGGAUACUUGGUGGAUGACUGAGUCUGGUUCUCAAUUGAUCAGUGGUAUCUCUGGUGUCACACCAAUGAAGCCAGGUUCUGCCUCCUUGCCAUUCUUUGGUGUUGAGCCUUGUAUCUUGGAUGCAACCACUGGUGAAGAGCUCAAGGGUCCAAACGUUGAAGGUAUCUUGGCCAUUAGAUCUCCAUGGCCAUCCAUUGCCAGAACGAUCUGGAAGAACUAUGACAGAUACUUGGACACUUAUCUCAAGCCAUACCCAGGUUACUUCUUCUCUGGUGAUGGUGCUGCCCGUGAUGCUGAUGGCUUCUACUGGAUCUUGGGUCGUGUUGACGAUGUUGUUAACGUGUCUGGUCACAGAUUGUCCACUGCUGAAAUCGAGGCUGCUCUCUUGGAGAACGAUUUGGUUGCAGAGUCUGCUGUCGUUGGUUUCGCAGAUGAGUUGACUGGCCAAGCUGUUGCUGCAUUUGUUGCCCUCAAGGACAAGAAGACUGCCAGUGAACAAGGCAACGCAAUCUCAAAGGACUUGAUCUUGACUGUGCGUAAGGAGAUUGGCCCAUUUGCCGCUCCAAAGCUUAUCAUAUUGGUUGACGACUUGCCAAAGACCAGAUCCGGUAAGAUUAUGAGAAGAAUCUUGAGAAAGAUCCUUGCUGGUGAGGAGGACCAAUUGGGUGAUGUGUCUACAUUGUCUAACCCACAGGUUGUUGAACAGUUGAUCAGUGCUGUCAAGAGCAAGAAAUGA